AUACGGUAAAGAGGCGGCGUGUGUUUGGCGGCGGUCGAGAUCGGGAGAGGAUGGACGAAACAGACAGAGUGACGGAAACGAAGAACGUAGCUUUAAAUAACGUUUUGCGCGACGGAGGAUCGGAAGCGGAUAAUGUCGCCAAAAAAAAGCGGAAAAACACUUAUUUAUGCGUUGUUAUUUUAUUUUUCAUCAAUUUGAUUAACUACAUGGAUAGAUACACCGUUGCCGGUGUUCUACUCAAAGUCAAGCUAUUUUAUAAUUUAAAUGAUUCUGAUGCUGGGUUAUUACAAACAUCAUUUGUCAUUAGUUACAUGAUCAUGGCACCAUUAUUUGGCUAUCUUGGUGAUAGAUAUAAUAGAAAAAUUAUAAUAAUAUGUGGAAUUUUGUUUUGGAGUGUUACUACAUUGGCUGGAUCAUUUGUUCCUGCAGAGCAUUUCAAAUUAUUUUUAUUUUUACGAGCUUUGGUUGGAACAGGAGAAGCAAGUUACUCUACAAUUGCACCAACCAUCAUUGCUGAUCUUUUUUCACACUCAACAAGAUCUACAAUGCUAGCCAUUUUUUACUUUGCUAUUCCUAUUGGGAGUGGUUUAGGAUAUGUUGUAGGAUCUGAAAUAGCUAAAAUAUUUCAAGAUUGGGUAUGGGCUUUAAGAGUGACUCCAGGUUUAGGAGUAAUAUCUGUAAUUUUGUCAAUAUUUAUACUGUAUGAACCAGUACGUGGUGAAGUUGAAGGAGGAUGCCAUGUUAAAAAUGUUACUUUUAUGCAUGAUCUACGUGGCCUCAUAAAAAACCGGACAUUGAUGUGGUCUACUGCAGGAUUCACUUGUGUGACAUUCGCUACUGGUGCUUUAGCCUGGUGGGCACCUAUUUACAUGACAUAUGCAUCAAGCAUUGAAGGUGAAAAUAAAACUGAAGAAAUGGUCAGCUUAAUUUUUGGUGUCAUAACUUGUAUUGCUGGAAUAGUAGGCGUUACAUUGGGUUCUUUAUCUGCGCAGUGGUAUAGACGACGUAAUCCUCGUGCUGAUCCACUAGUUUGUGCUUUUGGACUAUUAAGUAGUGUUCCUCUUGUAUUUCUCGGAAUUGUUAUGGCUCACAAAUAUAUGAUGCUUUCUUGGAUUUUAAUUUUCUCUGGUGAAACAUUAUUAUGUAUGAAUUGGCCAAUUGUAGCUGACAUGCUGUUGUAUGUUGUCAUACCUACUCGAAGAUCAGUUGCUGAAGCAUUUCAAAUCUUGGUAUCACAUGCCUUUGGUGAUGCCUGUAGUCCCUACAUAGUAGGAGCUGUAAGUUUCUUUAAUGAUUCUUAUUUUAAAUUACAAUUUUGUUUAUAAAUGAACUUAAAUAUU